CUGCUGACAGUUUAGAGACGAAGGACUCUGUUUAGCGUAGGAACUACGAACGGCGCAGCCCUCUCUACCUCGCACAGCCGGCAGGGAGCUCGCCAGUGUACGUACUUACACCUGGGAAACUCGGCGGGGGGUGCUCGGAAGGCGCUGCCGCGCGGGGAAGGAGAGAGUGCAGCCCAGAAAGAGCAGAAAGGACAAAGGAGAGCAGUGAAAGAAGAAGCGAGAGAAGAGGCAAGAGGUCGAAGACAAGAUCGCGGACCGAGUGGAGAGAAGGAGAUGAGAGCGACAGACAGACUACCGAGAGAAGGAAGCCGGAGAGGGGAGAUAGGGCAGCAAGGCAGAGGGACAGAGGCAGGCGAAAAUAGUCAAGACAGGUACCUAGAGGAAAAGCGGGGAGAGUGGGUGGCAAGCAAAGCAGAGGAGACUCGGAAGGAGAUCAGAAAUGCGCGAGACAAAGAGCGCCAAGCGUUGAGGAGACAGGAUUCGAGUAGAGAGAGACAUGCAGAGAACGCGAUGAGAGGAACCGCCUCCACAGAGAGGCACUGUAGUGGAGGACAAAAAAGGAAACAAUUUUCUCUGAGAUUUUCUGCCCCCAAAACAGCCCCGAACUCGCGGAGUAGAACGUGAAGUAAAGAAGGCGCGAAUGAGAAAAGGAGCAGGCAUUGUCGCGCUGACUGCAUGAAGUCGAGGGCGAGGACGCUUCUGCAUGUUGUUUGUUUGCGAUUUUCUCAGUUUCUCUUCUUUUUCUCGGAUGCUUCUCUUUUUCUACGUUGCAUUUUCUCUUUCGGGAGAGGGACAUUUUUUUCGCCGUCGCAGAGAACCUGAUUUCUCCGGUAGGUGCCUCUGGCGCUGCCGGCCUAGACGUUUUCGAGAAUUCCUCGUUCUUCCUUUUUCUUUCGCUUCUUUGCCACCACGCGUCUCUCCAUUCGCGCUUCUCUCGCUGCCGAGUCCUCUUUCUGCCUGCUCUGCCUCACUCCUCCCGAGAGAUAAGCUUUAUCGUUUGAAAGUCGCAGACACUUUGUCUCGUGCGUUUCCCAGUCUCCCUUGUUCUCUCUUGUCUAUCCUGUGACGUUUCCCCUUCUUCAUCCUUUCUCAGUUUCUCUGUCCCCUCUGUCACUUUCUUCUCCUUGAUUCCUUCCUCAGCCUGCUUCUUGUUUUCUUCCUUCUCUGUGCUCCUCCCUCUUCUUCGCGUCUGUUGCGGCUCCUUGCUGUGUUCGCGAGGGGCGCCUCCCGUCGUCUCGGUCGUUUCCGCCGUUGUUUUUAUCCUCUCAGCCUCUUCUUCCUCGUCGCUUUGCUUCGGCUCAGCCGACCAGCUCGCACCUCUUACUUCUUUCUCGUCGGCCUUUUUCUCGACUUCGUAUCUCUCAGCGCGUUGACUCUUCUCCUCUCUCCUCUCUCCUCUCUCCUCCGUGAUUGCCGCAUCCGGUUCCUCGCUCGAUUCGCCUUGGCUCCUUCUUCUCAGCUUUCUUCCUUCCCUCGCGCCUCUCCCGAGACUGUUUCCCCUCGCGGCCCGAAAGCCUCCUCCUCGAGCGAUGAGGAGCCGCCUGUCUCCGCGUCUGCCCUGUCUCUCUCGCCAUGUCUUCUCAUCUGCGUCAGCGGUUUCAGCAGCGAAAGCUCGGCCUCUCUGGGAGCGCCUUGCCUUCUUCGCUCCCCUCUGCAGCACCCUCUGCAGGUCCGAGUCCGUCCAGUGUGCUCACCCCCCCGCUCGCUUCCCUCAGUCGCUCCACUAGCGGGGCAAGCGUCCCCAGUGUCUCCCCGAGCCCCGCGCCCUUUGUAGCCCAAGGCUCCAACGCCGCUUCGGGCGCGGUCGGAGCCGCCGCGGCCCCGGACCCCGCCGUCUUUUCCGACUCGGGACGCGCCGCCUCCAGGCGCCCCCUCGAGGAAGGCAACCGCGGUCCGCCCCGACUGCCGGAGUUGCGUCCGGCCGUCUCCGCGCCGGCCGAGCCUGCGGAGACAGGUGUCUCCGGACGGGCCCUGCGCCCCACAGCCGCGCUCCCGCCCCUUCCGCCGGACUUGCCCCUGGAUCACCCGAGUGUCGCCUCUCUGCAGAACGCGAGGCUUCCAGGGACUCUGGAGGAGUUGCUGCUCUUCGUUCUGCGCGCCCUGCUGCACCACCCAGCGGUCGCGCCUUCUCUCCGACGCGGACCCGCGGAGACAGUGGAGACAGUGGAGACAGUAAAGAGUCUGGCGCGAGCAGUCGACUGCCAUAUCGAACUGAACGCGUUUGCCGCGCACUUGAAGCAGGUCUCCCGGGCCGGCCCCGCGUCUGGGCGGGGCUCCUCGCUUGCAACUCAGCGCCUCUUUCGGCCCGAGGCCGUGCUCCGCGUCCUCCAGUUCGCGGGAUUCCGCGCCGACGGAGACUCCCAGGAUGCUCCGGCGCCGGUCGUCGGAGCGCUCUCUCCCUUCCCCUAUCCGCUGCUCUCCCUCGCGUCCCUCAACUCCGUGACAGUCAUCAAGACAGUGUUUCCUCUCCGCAUCUGCGCCGUCCUCUUCAUGCUCUUUCAACAGGCGCAGCAGCCACCCGCCGCGCCUAGCCAGGUUCCGCGCUCCAGCCGCCUCGAGACCCCCCGGCCUGUCUCCGUCGGCGCGCCCUUCACGCCCCAAACCGUCGCUCCGACGCCCCCACAGGCCCCGCCGCAGGCCCCGCCGCAGGGCCCGCCGCAGCCCCCGCCGCAGGGGCCUCCGGGGCCUGCACCCCCGCCUCCGCCGCCCCCGCCUCCGGGGUUCGCUUGCGCGCCUUUCUUCUCCGGCGGAGGCCCUCCGACCGCGUUGGGCUCCAACGGGGGGGUGGGGCUUCCGGGCGCGCCGCCGCCCCCGCCGCCGCCUCCCGCGUGCGAUGGCGACAAGAAGGGGGGGGCCGGGGACAAGGGCGUGGACGCCGAGCUGCAGGAAGACCUGGAGAAACUCCUCAGUGUUCCGACGGCUCUGAAACAGCGCGACUUGGAUUCCGGCAGCGAGUUGACGUCGCUUCUCAGCGCCCCGACAGCUCGUCAGCAGAUGAUUCUUCACUCCUUCAAGAACAAGGGGGGCAGUGCUCUGCGAGAAAUCUGCACCUACGGUUCUCGCGUCGAGUGCUGUCGAGCGAGGAACUCUUUCAAGCCCUGCAGCAAAGUCCACUUCCGACGCAUUGUUCUCCCUCACACAGAUGUGAGUUUGGGAGACUGCAGCUACUUGGAUACCUGCCGCCACAUUGAGACCUGCCGCUACGUUCACUACGAAGUGGAUGCCGCGUCGAAGAACGACGCCCUGAAGAAAAUGAGAGGCGAGGCGUCUGCAGAUCCGUACGCCAUCGGAACCAUCUCGGCGGGCGCAUACACAGAGUACCCUGCACAGUGGAUUCGCUGCGAUAUCAGGACCUUCGACUUUAGCAUUUUUCGCAAGUUGAUUCGCGUCGUCAUGGCGGAUCCGCCUUGGGAUAUCCACAUGGACUUGCCUUAUGGCACGAUGACCGACCAAGAAAUGCGCAGUUUGCGAGUUGACCUGAUUCAAGAAGAAGGACUUCUCUUUCUGUGGGUCACUGGCCGAGCCAUGGAGCUGGCCCGCGAGUGUCUCCAGCUCUGGGGCUACCGACGCGUGGAGGAGAUCCUCUGGGUAAAGACGAACCAGCUGCAGAGGAUCAUUCGGACCGGCCGAACCGGACACUGGCUGAACCAUUCAAAGGAGCACUGCCUGGUGGCGGUCAAGGGCAACAUGGCGUUCAACCGGAACAUCGACUGCGACGUCAUCGUCAGCGAAGUCCGAGAAACCUCCCGCAAACCGGACGAGAUCUACAGAAUGAUCGAGAGAAUGGCGCCGGACUCCCUCAAAGUCGAACUUUUCGGACGCAUGCACAAUGUCCGAAAUAACUGGAUCACUCUAGGAAAUCAGCUGAAAGGUGUAAAGAUCGAACACCCUCUUCUCCGCGAGCGGUACAACGCCUUCGCCGAGCGCGAGGGGCUUCCGGUCGCAGAAGUUCCUUCUGCGUCCAAUCCAGAGAAUGAAACUUCCAAUGCUGAUGAGAAAAACGAAGAAGUCUCUGGAGAGACGGACAUGUAGAGCGAAGCACUAGGCACUUCCUCGUUUUUGUGGCGGUUUUUGACUCCUCUGUCUCCUCUCGUGAGCGCAUGUUCUGCGCAUGUUCUCUGCCUCUCUCGUUCUUGCUCCGUGUCUGUCCUCUCUCUCCUCUCUUUUUUUCCUUUCCUUGCAUGUUUGACUCCCCUGGCUGGUCCCUGCAGUGCCUCGACUGCGCCUGUGAGUGCUUCAGAGAUUUGUCUCAUGUUCAGCCUUUAUGGAACACAAAAGACCUGCAUGUCUCUUCACUACGUCUGAGCGUCCUUCGCGCGACUCCACUUCUCAGACGCGCUCUGCCGUUUCGAUCCAUCGAGCGGCGAGACGUCGCUGCGGUGUUUUCGGCAACGUCGAACGCUCCCCCCCCCGAAGGACCCCAGAAACGGUGCUCGCCAGACGCGCUGUAUGUACACGCAAGGAGCGAACCGAACUGACGCUCGAGCGUCGCUGAUUUCCUCGCUUCUUCUCUGCACCAGAGGAGACCGAGGUCGAAUGCAGGAAAGAAAGAUCUCACGCAGAGAGGCUUGCAUGUUUCUCUUGGACUGUUCGACGCAGAAACGGCCUCCUCUCUAGAGCCUCCUACUGAAGGCCUCUCCCAGAAAAAGAAACUGGGGCAGGGAAGGAAGCGGCCAAUAAUCGCUCGAUGGGAGUGAGAGAGAGUGAAUGUUUGAGUGCGUAGAUCCAAGAAGGAGGUCAACAGCUAAGGGGAGUUUAGCAGAGACUUGCUUCAAUUCGACACAGCGUUCAAGAACGCGAACGGAAGUGAAACGCGUCCCCCAAAUGCGGCCUUUACGCGCGAAAAACGACGGGAGCUGAAACACUGAACGCGACUAACGAAAACGAGACGCAAGACGGUGCUUGCAAUACACCUGUGCGGCGUUUUGUACGUUUUCUGUCCGACACCGGAGCUUCGUUUGCUCUCCGGCGAGUGCCUCCGAAAAGGAGGGAAGGCGAAGAUGGGGAGUUCGUGUAUGAGAAGUAGAAGAAAUGGAGACGCAAAGCUCGGACUUCAGAGGAGCCCCGACAUUCCCUCUCCUCGUUUCUCUCUGAACAGCGUCGCGAGAGACAGGCUCGACUGCUUGCCCCCCAGAAGACUUGAGAAGGAGCACCCGACCCUGCAUGGAACUUCAGCGUACUCCGUGUAAAAACCUUGAAAGACGAUAGCAAACAUGAGGCUUUUAUAAAACGGGAAGAAAGAGACAACGAGACAAUUUUU